AUGGGACCCAAAAAGAAAACCUCUGCGGGCGUUGGACCCAAGCCUGGCACUAAACAGGCCCAGGCUGUUGCAGAGAAUAAGGCUAAAGACAAGAAGCCUGCGCCAGGCCCGGAGGAGCCAAAGAAGCCGUCCGUGAAGGAGGUUAUUGGCGGCGCAUCGUGGACAGGCAAAUUGCCCGUUAAUAUGUUGUCGGAACAUUGUCAAAAACAGAAAUGGGAGAAACCGGAGUACAAUAUGAUCAAAACCGCCGGCGGCUUCGUUUCCGACGUGACCUUGAAAAAGGUAGACAUCAAGACCCGCGAAUUGACCGUCCUUCCUGCUAUACGACUGCCACCGUCAUAUAAACAACUCGCUGCGCAACCGACGGCGCUCGAGGCUCGCCAUUUCGCCGCCGCGUUUGCUCUGUAUCGAGUCUGCAACAUGCGCAAUCUUCAUAUGAUGCUUCCUCCGACCUACAAAGCACUGUGGAAAACGGAAUUCACAGAAAUCAAAGCCGCAGACACUCGGGAGGGGAAAGGCUGGUUGUAUGAAGCAGAUCCAUUCCUGGCCAAGCAAGAACGAGAGAGCGCUGCCGCCGAUCUGGAGAAGAAGAGAGCAGAUCGUGCGAAAGCGCAAGCCAAAGAAAAGGUCUCUGCGACAGAUCUCGGUCUGGGAGGUGGCGAUAAUAGGAGCAAACGAAUCUGGUCUCAGGCGCCCAAAGUCGAUAUGGGCGCUCGCAUCCGACGAGACAUCGAAGGACUCUUGCGGCAACAUACGAACUGGAAUCCCUAUGGUGUGAAGAUACAAGAUGACGAGACUAAAGCUAUUAUUGAAGAAUUCGCGCGCUUGGGAUUCCGCCGCAGCCAUGUGGAAGAAGCGGCGGCAGAAUGUAAAGACCGCGAGGAGGUUCUGGAGUGGCUCUUGGUUUACGUGCCGGAGGACGACCUGCCCCGAUGGAGUUUGCCAGAAGGUUACUCGGCAGGAGUCAGUCUAGCCAAUGGUGAUCUAGCUCGAGAAGCUAAAAUCAAACGUCUCGCCUCGAUUGGCUAUCCUGUAGAUCUAUGCACUCAGGUUUUGGAUAGCAAGAACGGCGACGAGCUGGUAGCCGCGGAGUACUUGCAGAGUACCUUGGUUCAUGGUUCAGCUAUCGCAUCUGAAUCAGUUCCAGAAGGCGAUGCAGACGCAUGGGCUGAAGAACAGGAUACUCUCGAAGCCAUCUUUGAAGAGCGCUAUACUCGAGUAUCGGCCAAGGUCUGCGAGAUCAAGAGUGAAGCUUCUGAAAUCCCCGAGAACACCUCUUUCCGUUUCCAAGAGCCAUCAGUCCACUACCCCACGGCUCCUCCAGUCAUAUCGAUCCAGGCGAAAGGGAUCCCAGCUUACAUCCGACUCAGUGCAAUUCGCCAAGCAGUGCAGUAUGCCGAGAUAAGCUUCUGCGGAGAGUCCAUGAUCUUUAACAUCCUCGACUGGUUGGAGGUCAAUCUGCCUGCAAUCAUGGAGAACCCAGGCAAGCUACGGGAUAUCUCUUCUAUCACAGCAUCCCCAGCGGCAAACAGUCAUGAAAUUCCUGUGCGCUCCGCUCGCAAACAACGAAGAGGGAUUAACUGGAGCACAAAUUCACCACAGAGUGUGGCAAUGCGCGAGGCCUGGGAAGCAAAGCAAAUUAUUCCCGCCCAGGUCGAGAUGAUUCGCAAAAGAAAGUCACUGCCCGCCUGGAACACCCAAGAGGCGAUCGUCGACGCAGUCAACUCCUACCAGGUCACUAUCAUCUCUGGUGAGACUGGUAGUGGGAAGAGUACACAAUCCGUGCAAUUCGUGCUUGAUGAUAUGAUUCAACAUGGACUUGGCGGAGUCGCAAACAUUAUAUGUACGCAGCCGCGGAGAAUUUCAGCGCUCGGUCUUGCCGAUCGAGUCAGUGAUGAACGUUGCUCAACAGUUGGCGAUGAAGUUGGAUACAUUAUCCGCGGCGAGUCGAAGGCUAGUCAGGGAAAAACUAAGAUUACCUUUGUGACUACCGGUGUACUGCUUCGCCGCAUGCAAUCCGGUGGUGAUGCGGACGGCAAUGUCGCAAGCUCCCUAGCGGAUGUAUCACAUGUGGUAGUGGAUGAGGUCCAUGAGCGCAGCCUAGAUACCGAUUUCCUUCUUGCUUUACUACGUGACGUUCUGCGUCACCGUAAAGAUUUGAAGGUCAUCCUGAUGAGUGCCACUCUGGACGCAAACAUUUUCAUGAAUUACUUUGGCGACAGUAAAUCCGUGGGAUUGGUUAACAUUCCCGGUCGAACGUUCCCUGUCCAGGACUACUAUCUCGACGAUGUCAUCCGAGACACUGGAUUUGCGCCCGAGCUAGGCGAAGAUCUGGAAGAUGACUUCGAUACUGGACGAGCUGAAGAGUCGCUUGGCAAGGCUUUACGAAGUGUCGGUAUGGGAAUCAACUAUGAUCUGAUUGCCGCAACCGUUGAAUAUAUCGAUUCUCAACUGGCUGACCAGCCUGGAGGAAUCUUGAUCUUCUUGCCUGGAACAAUGGAGAUUGACAGGUGCCUGACGGCAGUCAAGAGGAUCCCCAACACCCAUCCACUCCCAUUACAUGCAUCUCUGCUCCCAGCCGAGCAGCGCCGUGUUUUCCAAAGCCCUCCCCGUGGAAAACGAAAGAUCAUUGCCGCAACAAAUGUUGCAGAAACAUCUAUCACCAUUGAGGAUGUAGUGGCGGUUAUUGACACUGGUCGAGUCAAAGAAACAAGCUACGACCCCAAAGACAACAUGGUUCGCCUGCAGGAAGUUUGGGCUUCGCAAGCAGCUUGUAAGCAGCGCCGUGGACGAGCAGGUCGUGUUCGUGCAGGCACUUGCUACAAGCUCUACACUCGCAAGGCAGAAUCUAACAUGGCACAACGACCAGAUCCCGAGAUCCGCCGCGUUCCUCUGGAACAACUGUGUCUAUCUGUCAAGUCCAUGAAGGGCAUUGACGAUGUCGCCAUGUUCCUAGCGAACACUAUCACUCCACCAGAGAGCAUAGCUGUAGAAGGUGCUCUCGGCUUCCUUCAUAGAGUUGGAGCGCUAGAUCACAACCGUCUCACAGCGCUGGGUCGAUACCUAGGCAUGAUCCCGGCUGAUCUCCGCUGCGCAAAACUGAUGAUCUACGGCUCAAUUUUCGGAUGUAUGGAAUCUUGUCUUACCAUCGCAGCAAUACUCACUGUGAAAAGCCCAUUUGUCUCUCCACGUGAGAAACGUGACGAAGCUGAUGCUGCGAAGGCAGCUUUCUCCCGCCCCGGCGACGGCGACCUCCUAACCGUUCUAUCAGCGUAUGAAGCGUGGACGGAGAGGUCCCGCGCACAGGGACACUGGCAGACGCAAUCUUGGUGCGGUGCCAACUUCCUCUCUCACCAAACACUUCGCGAUAUCUUAUCCAACAGAGCGCAAUUCGUAACAUCGCUUAAAGACGCCGGUAUCCUGCCCGUGUCUUAUUCGGACGGCGCAAAUGCCUGGAACCGCAACGCUUCCAAUCGCAACCUGCUCCGUGCACUCAUUGCAGGCGCCUUUCAGCCACAGGUUGCGCAGAUCUCAUUCCCUGAUAAAAAGUUCGCCAGCUCGGUAACUGGAACAGUCGAGGUUGAUCCCGAUGCCCGUACGAUCAAAUACUUCAACCAAGAGAAUGGCCGCGUCUUCAUUCACCCCAGCUCUAUCCUGUUCUCUGCGCAAGGCUAUCCCAGCUCCUCGGCUUAUUUGAGCUAUUUUACCAAGAUGGCCACAAGCAAGGUCUUUAUUCGCGAUCUUACCCCCUUCAAUGCAUACUCCCUGCUCCUUUUCUGCGGCUCUAUCACCCUCGAUACAAUGGGUCGUGGUCUUGUUGUAGACGGCUGGCUCCGACUACGAGGCUGGGCCCGGAUCGGCGUCCUUGUCUCUCGGCUUCGCAUCAUGCUGGACGAAGCCCUUGCAGCGCGCAUUGAUAACCCCGCACUCGGAUCUGAUGGUGGUGCAAGUGAUCAGGUCAUCGAGGCCGUUAAGAGAUUGAUCGAGUUCAAUGGGCUUGAUCAGUGA